GCGAGCGUGGCGGCUGUGGCGACGCGUCGGGCUUGAGGUGGUCGCGCUGGCUCUGUUGGCCUACCUGCGGGCGUAGGGCGUUCCCUAAGGCUCUGCGUCCGCCUCAGGUACCCCCAGCCCCCGCCGCCCCCUGGCAUUAUGGGGGACAACACCAGUCCCAUCAGCGUGAUUCUGGUGAGCUCGGGCAGCAGGGGGAAUAAGCUGCUGUUCAGGUACCCCUUCCAGAGAAACCAGGAGCACCCGGCGUCCCGGACAAAUAAGCCACAUAGCAGAUAUGCUGUUAACAACACUGGUGACCAUGCUGAUGACCAGGACGGUGACUCUAGGUUUUCAGAUGCUAUUCUGGCAACAAUUUUGGCAACCAAGUCUGAAAUGUGUGGCCAAAAAUUUGAACUGAAGAUCGAUAAUGUGCGGUUUGUUGGACACCCGACACUGCUGCAGCAUGCUCUGGGGCAGGUAUGGCCCUCCCUGGCAGGUGUGGACCUUCUCGGGCAGGUCUCUAAAACAGAUCCAUCCCCAAAGAGGGAAGCACCUACCAUGAUUCUUUUUAAUGUGGUAUUUGCACUGAAGGCCAAUGCUGACCCAUCUGUGAUAAACUGUCUACAUAACCUAUCCCGACGCAUUGCCACUGUGCUGCAGCAUGAGGAGCGCCGCUGCCAGUACCUCACCCGAGAGGCCAAGUUGAUCCUUGCACUUCAGGAUGAGGUAUCUGCUAUGGCUGAAGCAAAUGAAGGUCCUCAGUCUCCAUUCCAUCACAUCCUGCCCAAAUGCAAGCUGGCCAGAGACCUCAAGGAAGCUUACGACAGCCUGUGUACAUCUGGUGUGGUGCGACUUCACAUCAACAGCUGGCUAGAAGUGAGCUUCUGCUUGCCCCACAAGAUCCACUAUGCCUCCUCAAGCCUGAUCCCUCCCGAGGCCAUUGAACGGAGCCUGAAAGCCAUCCGCCCAUAUCAUGCUCUGCUGUUGCUCAAUGAUGAGAAGUCCCUGCUGAGUGAGCUGCCUGUCGACUGUUCCCCAGCGCUGGUGCGGGUGAUCAAGACCACAUCUGCUGUGAAGAACCUGCAGCAGCUAGCCCAGGAUGCUGACCUGGCCUUGCUGCAGGUUUUCCAGCUUGCAGCUCACCUGGUAUACUGGGGCAAGGCUGUCAUAAUCUACCCGCUGUGUGAAAACAAUGUCUACGUGCUGUCUCCCAAUGCCAGCGUGUGUUUGUACUCCCCGCUGGCUGAGCAGUUCUCCCGCCAGUUUCCGUCCCAUGACCUGCCAUCCAUCCUUGCCAAGUUCUCCUUGCCCGUUUCGUUGUCAGAGUUUAGGAACCCUUUGGCCCCCCCUGUUCAGGAGACCCAGCUCAUUCAGAUGGUGGUAUGGAUGCUGCAGCGACGGCUCCUCAUCCAGCUGCACACCUACGUCUGCCUGAUGGCCUCACCUAGUGAAGAAGAGCCCCGCCUACGGGAGGAUGAUGUCCCCUUUACUGCCCGAGUUGGCAGCCGAAGUCUCAGCACACCCAACGCCCUAAGCUUUGGCUCCCCAACCAGCAGUGACGACAUGACGCUUACUAGCCCCAGCAUGGACAACUCCAGUGCAGAGCUUCUCCCUAGUGGGGACUCGCCACUGAACAAGAGGAUGACAGAGAACCUGCUGGCCAGCUUGUCGGAGCAUGAGCGGGCAGCCAUCCUCAGCGUGCCUGCUGCCCAGAACCCUGAGGACCUCCGUAUGUUUGCCAGGCUCCUUCACUACUUCCGAGGCCGCCACCACCUGGAAGAGAUCAUGUACAAUGAGAACACACGGCGCUCCCAGCUGCUUAUGCUCUUCGACAAGUUUCGCAGCGUGCUGGUGGUGACUACUCAUGAGGACCCCGUCAUUGCUGUCUUCCAGGCACUGCUCACAUGAGCCCAAGAGGAGGAUGCAGAAGCUGCUUGAAUGUAUGGGAGGGCAUUAGCCUCUUCUACCCCAGAGCUCCCUCGCUGCCAGGCCUGAGCCCUCUUAUCCCAGAGGCAUGGCACAGGUAGAAGCCCAACAGGGCCCUGUCCUCCUGGCUGCAGGUGCCUCAGUAUGGUUUAACAGUUGCUGUGGGGCCACCACUCUUCUCUUAC